AUGCAGGAUCUGACGACCUCGGAGGUCUAUUCGCUGGGGAUUGUCUCUGCUGUCUGUUUAGCGAUCUUGUUCAACGCAUUUCAGAGCAAUGGAGAGCCGCUAUAUGCAUCCCUGGCCAUCGGUGGACUGGCGUUUUCGUUUUCCUACGCUCUGAUACAAUGGACUGGCGAUGUAUUUGUGAGGAGAGGCUACAAAGGCCGCGAUUUGUCCAAGAAGACUCGGCCGGAAAUACCUGAGGCUAUGGGUCUUGUAUCUGCUCUUGUCUACCUCCUAGCCAUCGUCAGCUUCCUACCUUUUGCGUUCAAGAGGGACAUUGUCGCAGUCACAUCUGGAGGUGGUAAUAAGGAUCUGAGACUUGACAUUGAAGACAUUGAGAAUGGUCGAUUCCUGCAUCGCUUCCCCUUGGAGAAGGUCGGGCAUCUUCACGCAGCCCUUCAUAACCUCGCCUCCUAUGGUUUUGCAUACGGAACACUGGCCUCCAUCACCAUUCUCGGCAUUCUGGACGAUUCGUUCGAUAUGCGAUGGAGGCACAAGUUCUUCAUUCCCGCUUUUGCAGCCUUGCCCAUGCUCGCCCUCUACUUUGUCGAUUUCGGCGUCACGCAUGUGGUAGUACCGCUCCCCCUACGGCCGUACUUCGGUGAACUCGUCGACCUCGGCAUCCUCUACUACCUCUACAUGGCGGCAAUCUCGAUCUUCUGUCCCAACAGCAUCAACAUCCUCGCUGGAAUCAACGGCCUCGAAGUCGGGCAGUCUUUGGUGAUCGCAUGUCUAAUCAUCCUGAAUGAUUCGCUGUACCUCCUCCCAACGGUUCAGCAACCCCAUCCAGCAGCGGACUCGCAUCUUUUCAGCAUCUAUUUGCUCCUGCCAUUCGUUGGUGUUUCGUUGGCCCUUUUCCGACACAACUGGUACCCUUCAAAAGUUUUUGUCGGCGACACAUACUGCUACUUUGCCGGCAUGCUCUUUGCAGUCGUCGGUAUCCUUGGCCACUUCAGCAAGACGCUGCUGCUACUCUUCAUCCCGCAGAUUUUCAACUUCGUCUAUUCCGCGCCGCAGCUGUUUGGUCUCGUCCCGUGCCCGCGACAUCGCCUGCCACGAUUCAAUGCGAGAACAGGCUUGAUGGAACCCUCGGUCGCAACCUUCUCGGAAGAGAAACCUUUGAUUCCCAUCGUUGGCCAAGUCUUGAAGCUACUCCACGCCUUCAAGCUACUCCGCAUCGUUCAAGACGAACAAGGCCGGGUCGUCGAAAGCACCAAUUUCACCAUCAUCAAUCUCUGGCUGGUGUGGAGAGGGCGUCUGAGAGAGGACAGACUUGCAACGGAGCUUUUGGUCAUGCAGACGGUCGUUGGACUGGUGGGGCUCUGGAUCCGGCAUAAGCUUGCUCUUCUCAUGUUUACCGUAGACAAUAGAUUCUGA